CGAGUUUAUUAGUUGCUUUCGCUGCCAGGGAAACGGACGCACGGAACUUCGCUGUCUUGUGAAAUCGUUCUCAUUUCCCCUCACUGAAUUGGGCACCUGCAAUACCAGCGUGAGAACCAUCUGACUUAUUUUUAUUAUUAUUUUUUGUCGCAGCGGGACUUAUUUUUUCAAAAUCAGUGGAGGACAUUUAAUAAACGGAAAUGCUGGCUAGUGAGCCACCUUCUAGCCGGAUUCAUACUGGCGGUGGAGGUAUAUCUGUUCGUGUAAAUGGAGCUACCGUUGAUUCAGCGCAACCUUCCGUUGAUGGCUCAGUUGAGCGGCUUAGCGGUAACGUUACCAGUAAAGAUAAGACGGUGAAUUCUUCCGAAUGGGCUAAGGCUACUAUUACUUGGCGCACUGGAGCGCAGCGUUUCUCCGACGGGAGCUCGAAUAUUCAACAACAUAACAACAACAGCACUGCUUCCUCGUCUAUAGACAUCAAUGGCACUUCCCCAACCACACAACUGGUACACGUGAUUCGCGUGAAACCGCUCCAAGAUGAUGUGCUGACUCCAUCAGAAAACAUGGAACAGAAUGGUAACGUGGCAUCCACCCCCGUUAGCUCAGCCAAAAUUCGUAUCAGCAGCAGCCCAUGCAUCAGCAAAACAGUAGAUUACAGUAAGGACAAAAUAUCUGUGGUGGUGGGCUCUUCUGUGAACCAUAUCAUUAAGGGUGAGGACGAACGGAGCAGCAGCGGAGCUUCCAGUGCUCCAGGAAGCGACUGUGAAAGAUCGGACUCAGAUAGAGAAGCUGAUGACGGAACUGAUUCCGGCUUUUCACCAUCUAGAAGGCACUGUGCUCGAGUAAGUGUAAGGACCAACAAUGCCAACAACCAUUCCUUGCUAAUAUCCGAUUCCUCCUCCGGAGACAGCUACGACAACACAAUGAAAAGCAACGGUGUUGUCUGCAAUGGAAAAGGGAACAAUGUGAGACUGACCAUUGCAUCUUACUCUGACAAAGAGUCAGAGAUUAAGAAUGGAGUGCUCAGUGACUCUGAUCCUUGGGAUAUGCAUUUUCAUCUUCGAGAACUGGACAUUACUUCAGAGGAUAAAAAAGUAGACACUGAAGAUGUUCAAACUAAAAUUGCAACUGCCCAUGCUCUGUUGGCGGGGAAUUGUGAUGGAACUUUUACCCUCAAGAAUCGAGUGAAAUCCAGUAUCAAUUCUUUGCUCCAGUCAAAAUCGAAUAGGAAUUACGACCAGGAGGAAGUGGGUCGCAUAGUCUUUUACACAACAUCCAUGGGCAUUGUCCGAAACACAUUUGAAAGGUGCCGUAAAGUAAGAAAAAUAUUAGAAACGUUAAUGGUCAAGUUUGAAGAAAGAGACGUUUUUAUGAAUAAAGGCUUCCAGCAAGAAGUCAGAGAAAGGCUAGGUUUAACAAGAGUAAUAGUACCUCAGGUUUUUGUUGAAGGAAGACAUUUAGGGGGUGCCGAAGUCAUAGAGCAAUUAAAUGAAAUCGGUCAUCUAAGGGAGUUAGUACGGCCAUAUAAAAAACAAUCUGUUGGAGGAAUCUGCCAGCAGUGUGGUGGUUACCGUUACCUCUUGUGCCCUGUAUGUGGUGGUAGCAAGAAGUCAGUGACACACCGACAUCAUUUCUCGGAAGACCUCGUGGCUCUUCGCUGUGUAACAUGCGACGAAAGUGGACUCAUUCGUUGUCAGCAAUGUAUUACCGGCGAAGUCUGAUGACCGAUGAAAAGCUCUGAUGAGAUCUGACGAUAAAGAGCGCUCUGUGGACCGAAAGAGAAUGUCUAUAAUUGCCAUGCAAUUGAAUGUGUUUGUAGCAUAUUCUGCAGCUCAUCAAUGAGCGGAAACUGCGAAUGAAUUUAUUUCAUUGCAACCUGAAAGGUUAAGAAGCCUUGUAAAUUAAAUAGAUUGAAUAUCAUAAACAGCGUUACUAACAUUUGGCAAACUUUGCAAUUAAUGACUGAAUUUUCAGCCCUUUCAAGGAUUGUUUGAUGAUACAAGGAACCUUCAUAUGAAAAUGUCAAGACUUAAGAUUAGAAUUCACUGUGUUUGACUAAUGAACUAAAUAAUGUAUAUAAAUAAGAUGCUCAAUAGUGAAAUUUUCCUUUGAAUAUCUUCAAAAAAAUUAAUUAUAACUCAUAAUGAUUGUUUAAAUAAUAAUUGUCUUAUUGAUCAUUAAACCUUACACCAUUUUUCAAUAAAGUGUUCUUUUGAUCAUACUUUGGGCAUUCACUGAGUGUGAUGAAAUAUUUUAAAUAUGAAACUGAUAAAACGAGUCUAGAUAAAUGAUAUAUUUUUUGUAUAAUUUUGAAACCCUUCCCAACUUUAAUAAGAUAAUUAUCGUAAACUUUCAAAACACCAGCGAAGGACGCUUGAAUUCAAGGUGAAGUUUUCAGUCAUUAAAUCUAUUAUAAAACUAGUUAUAAAUCAACGGGUUUUCUUUGUUGUGGUGAAGUCAAAAAAUUCUAAUUAAAAACUUAGGCGCAAUUUUUACUAUGUUCUAUAGUUUCAUUAAUAUGUGUGGAAGGCUGUCAUCAAGAGAUCUUACUACAGCUUAUAUUAAUCAUAAACUAUUAAUCUAAUUUUAAACAUAAAAAAAAUCUCUUAGUUAUUACGUGAUAUAUUCUAUUGGAAAAGUUGGGCAUAAAAUAUUAUUCUUUGUGCAAUAGCUAUAGAUAGAAGUAGGGUAAGCUUCAGUUGCGGCGUGACUGAUUAAAAUUCCAGUCAAGUUUCGACUUCGAAAGAUAAAAAGCAGUGAGCGAAGAAUGUUUUCUUCAACCUCAACUAAACAAGAAUGAGGAAAAGCCAGUCUUGCAAAUUACUUCUUGUUGUUGUGUAGGUUAGCGGAAUGGCAUGUAAGUAAUAAUAUAUAGUUUCAAUAACAGCGCUUUACUGAGUUGAUGGGUGUCCAUUUUUUUAAUCUGAAAGACUGACGCAAAAUAAAUUGCAUGUAGCGAUCAGAUUCUUAAUUUGCUGUUCGUCCAUAAUUAUUCUUCGAGCAGAGGAAUAGCCUACCAUACGUUUAAGUAUAUUAUUUUGCUGCAAAAUAAAUAAAUGAAGUUCUUUUGAGUAGCUCUUCAUAUUAUUCCACGAAAGGAUAUUACUCUACAUAAAGUUAGCUAAAAAAAGAUAUUAGCUGAAUGCGGUGUGCUAAAUUGAAUCGUUACACUAGACAUAUUGAUAAUAAUCGGUUUCAAAAGGAAACCUAUUUUUCAUUUGCACAGAAAUCGGUUAGAACAGUUAACAAUACUUUUCCCAUACUAACUUCUGAAGAAAAACAAUUUAAACUGUAUUAUUUUUUUCAGGGAUAAUAGAAGAGACAAAGGGAUUGAAUAAUUUAAAAAUAAAUGUAAUUUGGUGUAAUUAUUGCUAUUGCGUUAAUAGGAAAAAUAUUUAUAUUCUAUCUUUAAAAAGAUUCGAUAUUUAUAGGGAUUUCAUAUUUAUAAAAUAGUGCAUAUGUUAUUAAGAAUCCUUUUUAGAAGUUUAAAAAGGAAAAAAAAUACUAUGUGGAAACAAAAUAAAGGAAAUCAGGAAUAACAUUUAUCACUGAUUGAAAGAUGAUGACGCAUAUUAUUAUAUUUUAUCAUAAUAAUAUUAACUAUUAUAAGAAACAAAAUACAUAUACAACUUUUAAAGUCUAACAAAUAAAUGUACCGCUCUGCUUAAUUCAAAGUUUUUUACAUUUAUAAAAAAUGUUAUAAAUAUUUCUUGUUUAUUUCUUAAAAGAAAUCCAAGAAUAUUUGCUCAUUUACCUAUUGUUCCUGUAUGAAAUGUUUUUACUGUUUUCACCAACUGUUUAAUUAUUUUUUAAAUAAAAUUAAAGAAUUCAAGCACCAUAAAUUAAAAAAAGAAAGAAAAAUCAUAUGCUUCAAAAAUUGUGAUUCAUUUGCCAAAAUCUUUACUUUACUAAUUACCCACCGGCUGUUUCAUUGAAUUGUACUCACCGCCAUAAUUGUUACGUUAAAAAUAAAAUACUCUAUUCAAUGUGUCGUGAAUUUUAUUUAUAUAAUUAAUAUUAGAAAAAUC